AUGCACUCGUUCAGAUAUAUUGAGACGUCAUCAUCUCACAUCCCAAACCUCACAGACUAUUUUGUUGUGAUCCAGUUGAAUGAUGUACAGAUGGCGUGUUAUGAUGGGAAGGACACAAUCAGAUUCUCAGAAGAAUGGAUGAACCUAGUGUUUAAAGAAGCGCCAGAGAAACUGGAAAAUGAGAAACAACUUUUGCUUUUUUUCAAAAUUCGGUCACAAAUCCUUUUUAAUGAAGUCCUCCAAGACCUCAACCAGACUCAAGGUGCACAUAUUUGGCAAGUGAUGGCCGGGUGUGACUGGGAUGAUGAGACAGAGGAGAAAAGUGCGACUCUGCAGUUGUGUUUGGAUGGAGAGCACUUUUCCUCUCUGGACAGGAACCUAGAGAAGUGGAUUGCUCUAACUCCCUGGGCCCAAAUCAUCACAGAUCACUGGAACAGGGUCCGAGACAAUACAAACGAACCCUUUUGGAAAAAAUUUCUGAGUCAUGACUGUGGUGAUAAACUGAAGAAAUAUUUGCCUUAUGGACAACACACUCUGAGAACAGAGCUCCCCCUGGUGUCUCUGCUGCAGAAGUCCUCCUCAGGUCCGGUCACGUGUCACGCCACACGAUUCUACCCCGACAGAGCCAUGCUGUUCUGGACCAAAGACGGAGUGGAGGUGACGGAGGACGUGGACCCUGGAGAGAUCCUGCCCAAUGGAGACGGGACCUUCCAGACCAGUGUGUCCCUGGACCUGUCCUCUGUCCCCCCUGAGGACUGGGACAAGUUCAACUGUGUGUUCCAACUGUCCGGGGUCCAAGACGACUAUGUGACCAGACUGGACCGGACCAAGAUCAUCACCAACACCAAAAAAACCCCGGCCUCCAUGAUCGUUGCUGUGGUCACUGUGGGAGUUGCCGUCAUCAUUGCUUCUGUGGUCUUUGUGAUCAGACGAAAGAGAGCCCAAAACAAACGUCAACAAGAUGCUCAGAUGCAGCAAAAUCUAAAUCCUGUUGUUCAGGCGACAAACACUUCUCCAGAUCCAGAGACACAAACACUGAACCCUGAAGCUCCUGAGUCCACCGAGUCACACCGAGUCACACCG